AUGCCUACUUCAAACACUCGCAAGCGCGUGAGGAAACUCCUCAAAGAGCUCUGGGAGUUGCAGGUGGAGGAUGUUCCCAUGACCGCUUCCACCCUGCUCAAGAUCAAGUAUCUGCUAGGAGGCUCCACGCGAUGCAAUCACAUUGAAGUCGUCUCACCGAGGUUCCUUGCCGACCUUCCCGCUUGUCCGCUCGAGAUCACAGACAGCAGGCUUCCAAAAUUCAUCCCAACUUCAAGCUUCGUUCGUUGCCAGCUCGAGGAUCAAAAACUAAUAGGCUCGCGCAGCCACCACUGUCAGCAGGAUCCGAUCGCCCUCCCAGCAAUUCUCUCUCUUCUCGACCUUGUUGCCUCAUCCAAAGCAACUCCCAGAAAGUCUACACAUGCCACACAGUUCCGUUGGCAUUGCUCUCUGACGCAUCGCACCCACGUCAUCUUCGCUUUCAUCGACUUCAAAAUGAAGUCUAGAGUGUACAGCGUUGAGGAGCUGCUCAAUCUCAGAGCCUCUGCUUCGUCAGAUAUCCUUGAGCGUCUUUUUCAAGGUAACCAACUUCCUGAGAUGGUUCGCAACAAGUCUCGCGUCAAUUCAGUCAGCUCCCGCAGCUACAAUUCGAACUCGCUGAAGCGUGACAGAAAGAAGACCAUGGACGACUCCUCUACCGCCUCCGAAGAAGUCGUCUUCAAGGGAAACAUGAGCCGCCGUCACAUCAAGCAGGAUCCUGCUCCCGUCGACAAUAACAAUAAUCCCAAGGCGCCUGCUCCCACUCCUGCCCCUGUACUUCCUGAUCAACCUGUCGCUACAGCUGUCGCUUCUGCACCCGACCCCAACCAACUCAUGGAGUGGAAGUAUCGUGGCCGCAGUGAGUCCGAGGUCAUGGUCAACGAGCCUUUACCAGCUCCCACUGGUCUCACUGCCCAGCACAGCGAAGGUUUCCAGCGGUUCUAUAAGGCAGUUGUCUCUCCCACUCACGUUCGAGUUACCGCUGGAGGACGAAUCGUCCCCAACACUCGCAACCCUGCUUCUCCAACCGCGAAACGUCCCAAGGACACCGAGAGUGCCAUCAACGACGAAAAGGCAGAACCUGCUCCAGUGCCUGCGUCAGCCCCGAAGCAGCCCGCGGCAAUAAUGGGAAUGCCUCACCCAAUGCCAUUCUUCUAUCCUGGCUAUCCUGGAAUGCCACCCGUGCAUCCUAUGACCGGCAUGCCGAUGCCUAUGAUGCCCCCUGGCUUCCCUUUCCCCAUGCCGAUGCCUGCGGUGCCCACUGCCAGCAGCACUGAAGAGGCUACCCACAAGGAGAACUUAAACAAGAGGGCCGAAGAGUACAAACCUCCAUAUGAGCCCCAACCGGGCAAGACCGGCGUCAAGCUUUCGCCUCCAGACCAGUUCGACCACACCAAGCCUUUCAUGUACAAUGGCCAGCAGUGGAUGUUCCCAAUGUUCCCAGCUCCUUACCCGGGCUUCCUUAGAAUGCCGCCUCCGGGAUAUGCUGGCCAUGUGCCUGGACCGCCCAUGAUGAUGCCCCCUCAAAUGCCCAUGGCACCGAUGAUGGGACCGAUGGGAUCGAUGGGACCGAUGGGACCGAUGGGCCCUCCAGGACAUCCGCCAUCCGCGGGUCCUUCCACCAUGACUACUGCUGCGCCAUCGUCCUCCCGCCAAUCCACUCCCCAGCCUCCUUCUAAGCCGCCGAUAUCUUCCAUCCGUCCGAGCCAGAUCACGAGGAAGCAGAUUGAUGGUCUUCGGGCCAAUCUCAAGUACCAUGAGGAUCAGUUGCAGUACAACAAGCACCAAAUCGACGAGAAGGACAUGCAGCACAAGAUCGAGCUGCUCAAUUCCGAUAUUGAACGCUUUGAGAAAGUCUUCAGAGCUCAAGCAGGGUUUGAGGCAAAGCACUACCCCAAGACUGACAAGGACAAGGACGAGGUAACUUCGUCAAGUGGCCGCAGCUCGGCGCCCUCAUCCAAGACUCAGUCUCAGUCAGAGGAAAGCAAGGAGAGCAAGGAGAGCAAGGCGACCACGAUGACCAAUGCUUCCAAUUGUCAGCCUAAGCUCAGAAAGAAGGAUCGGUCUCGUGACUCGGUCGGCAUCAACUCGAACAAGAGCAGCGCUGCGUCGUACACCAUGGAAGACUCUACUCAAGACCGCUCGCUAGGAUCCACGCAAGCUGGCAUGAAGUCCAGCCUGCCCAGUGGAGCUGCUCGUGCGCCUGUUUUCCAGCCGCGCUCAGUCUCGACCAUUUCGUGCCCUGUGCCCAACGGCAAGGUAGAGACUUGGAAGGCAGCCAAGUCCGAUCGUGGCAUAACUCAAGAGGAGCUUGAGGCGGCCGAGAAGAAGCUGCUUGCUGUAGGUUCUAAGGCUUGGAAUUUGCCCCAUGAGCCCAAUGGUAUGUCCAGCCAGCCUUAUGAUGGCGGAUCUCCGCGAGGACACAACGAUCUUGGUGUUCCUUACUUGGUUGGCACACUGCCACGAGGCGUUAAUCCUUACAUCAACCACCGUUUCGAGUACGAGUACAACCGCAGGUUGACUGACGAGGAGGUUCAAGCUCGCCACCUCUAUUUUGGCAAGGCACCCCGAUCUGUCAGCCAAGGUUUGCCAAAGUACGACGGCAGGAACUUCUAUCCACCCUCUCCGGUCAAGCACGCCACUCCAAGUGAAUCGCCUAGUGUCCGCCGCAGCCGGAUUCCCACUGGCGUACGCGAGGUUGACUAUGGCUUCGCUGUGCCCAACGGCAGAGAAGUUGACCCAUUCCGUGCUGUGGCUACCAGAGACACCCUUCCGAAGGCCGAAGAGGCCCUUGUCAGUAGCAAGGCUUCCUCUGUCAAGUCUGCUCAGUCAUUCAGCACCCAGGCUGAUGACCAUGCUGAGGAGUUCGAGAAAGCCUUGGCGGAGUCCAAGAACCUGGAAGGUACAGAGGCCUCCCAGGAGUCUUUUUCCGGAGCCAGUGUGAACGAGACAAAGUCUCUCGAUUACAAUGAUGCACGAUCCAACGGCACAAGCUCCAAACUCUGGCAGAGCAUGCUGAAGAGGGGCUUCACCGCCAGUGAUGUUCUGCCCAGUACUGUCACUUCAACGACGGCUCAGGGCUACCUGCCGCACUUCACUGGCCAUGCUACCGCCUCGCUCAGCCCGACGCUCUCCGGCACGAUCACUUCUCCCAUUCGCGACUCAUCUGUCAAGGACGCUGACACCAACCCCAACGGCUCGACAUUCAUGGCCCCGAAGAGUGGAGAGAAUGCCCCUCCUGUUGCUGCCGACCGCGUCUCCAUUUCGGACACCCUCCGCAACAUGGUCGGCAUGAAGUCGCCUGCGUGGGCUCACUGA